AUGAAUUUGAAGGAAAAUUCAACAUCCCAUCCCCCAUCCAGGUUUAUACAUUGCCUUAUAGUAUCUAGUUUCAUAAUCUCUGGUAUUUAUUUUCUCCUGUCAUUAGGCCUUAUUCCAGAUGCAGUACACCACUGUCAUUAUCGUUAUUCAGCAAACUCUGUACAGAAUUUAGCCUCUCCAACCUCCCUUGAACACAUUGUUUUCGGGAUUGCCGGCAGUGGAAAAACAUGGUCUAGGAGGAAAGAAUAUGUUAGUCUUUGGUGGAGGCCAGGAAUAAUGAAGGGGUGUGUUUUUCUUGAACAAAUGCCUCCAAAAAACGCCACAUCACCGUCGGAAAAUGAAGAUCACGUUUCUGAUCUUCCUCCUAUUUGCAUUUCAGCUGACACUUCCGGAAUUCCAUAUGAUAAGAAACGUGUUUCAAGCUCAACUGUCCGUGUUGUCCGAGUUGUAUCAGAGACUGUGGCUUUGAACUAUGAUAACAAUGUAAGAUGGUUUGUAUUUGGAGAUGAUGAUACGUUUUUCUUUCCUGAUAAUCUGGUAAAAACCCUGCAAAAGUAUGAUCAUGGCCUGUGGUAUUACAUUGGAGCCAGUUCAGAAUUUUUCCAAGCGAAUAAAGGUAAUUCCUUUGAAAUGGCAUUCGGAGGAGGUGGUUUUGCUCUUAGUUAUCCCCUGGCUAAAGUCUUGGCUAAAGUAUUGGACUCUUGCCAGAAAAGAUUCCACUGGUUUCCGACCAGUGAUAAAAGACUUUACGCCUGUUUGACAGAGCUGGGAAUUUCCUUAACUCAUGAACCUGGAUUUCAUCAAGUGGAUGUGAAAGGAGACAUUUUUGGUUUGUUAAGUGCCCAUGCAAUAAGGCCAUUGGUUACUCUCCAUCAUAUGGAUGCAGUAGAUCCAAUUUUUCCCAACAUGACAACUUUGGAGGCUGUGCAACACUUAAUGAGUGCUGCAAAAGUUGAUUCUGAGAGGAUCUUGCAGCAAACAGUCUGCUAUGAUAAAUCUUUUUCCUCAACGAUUUCAGUGUCUUGGGGAUACGCAAUCCAAUGGGUGGGAUCAAAUGUAUUUCUCAGUGAUAUCGUGCGUGCUCCAGCAACAUGGGAUCAGAGACGCACUGUUAAUUUUGAUGUACAACAGUUUUAUCAUCCUGAUCCAUGUAGCCGGCCAACUGUGUUCUUUUUUGACAGCGUCUCCUCCAAUGGCGACAAAACUACAAGCAUCUAUAAGAUAAUGUAUCGUAAUUGUACUCGCCUCAACAAAAUAGAUGAAAUCAGAGUCUUCUCAAAAAAGUUGGACCUCAGCUUUAAACAGGCACCAAGAAGACAAUGUUGUGAUGUGUUCCGAUCUUCUGCUGAUGCUACUGUCAUUGAUGUUGGUCUUAAAGAGUGUGGAGCAGAGGAAACCAUUCAAAUGCAACCUGUUAGGUUUUAG